AUGGAGGAUGAUUUAGGAAAAGGUCUUAAGUUGAAAAAACGACUAGAAGAAAUGGAGAAAGAAUCAAGCACGUCGCAUACGAAAGGAAAGCAGAAAGUAACAGAUAUUUCGGACGAUGAUGAAGAAAAGACUAAUAACAACAAAAAGCGUGUAGUACGAAAGCAGGGAGAAAGGGAAAAUUCUGAUAACGAAUAA